AACCGAGCUGAAACGGGAUACUGUGAGCUCCCCUAGCUCGUGGGCGCAUCCUGUCGCGGUGUGCUUCCAGAGCCAGUGCGCCAUGCGCCGAUACCGGACAGGUGUAUCCAUCUGCGGUACUACCAAGCUGCCAUUCGCACCCUCUCGCUUUGGGCGUUAAGCGACCGAUUAUCCCAUACCGAGCAGGUUCAAUCGCAUGAAGAGGAGUUCGAAGCCCGGGACGAUCCCGAAUGAUGCCACCACAGGCCCUCACUAAUUCUGCCUGGGCCUCAGAGGAUCACCAUCUCUCCCUGGACACAUCAGUACCACAUUUGGCUCCUUGACGUAUCCCUCUCAUUCUCCACACUUGUCAGCCACUGAUCCAUCUAAAUGCGCUCUUGCUUCACUCAAAGAUUACACACUGAUUUGCUGGUGGCUGCUGUUAAAGCAGGCAAGUCCAUUUUAUCCUCUGGUGGCAACAUCAAAGUCACCCAAAUGUGACAGCAGGUUGCCCGACACGCUCCCUCCUCCAAUUUUGGGGUUUUGCCUCAUCAGUUUAAAGCAAAUGGACAUCCAUCGUCUAUCACUGAAAAGGAGACUCGAUAGCUCUGAGGUCAAAGAGACCUUGAUGACGCUAAAGAAGGCUUUUGCUCAAUUUGUUGACCUCUGACCUGGAAAAGGACUAUAGACUGGAGAUCUCUAUCCUGAAAAUUAAAACUAAAGAAAAAGCUUGCUCAUCUUCCCAACUUUAGCUAAGCUGCCUACAUUCCGGAUGCUGCCAUGCCCAUCAUCAGCAAUGCUAACCACGACUUCAGCAAUCUGUCCGUCAGUGACGACAGCAGUCUCGACCGCAUAUUCACCGAGAUUCCCGAGACUGAGACCAUCAAGGGCGUUUAUUACCAAAGGGCUCAGUUCAUCCGGCAGCCGGAGGACCUCGUCUCCGUCGACCACCGCUUGCUGGCAGUGAUCAACGUUGGGGGGAACCGCUACACCUUCCCUUGGAGCACGCUGGAGCAGUUUCCUCUCACACGGCUUGGCCGCUUGUGCGGCUGCAGGUCACCUGAGGACAUUGCCAGCGUCUGUGACGACUACGAUGAAGCACGCAAGGAAUUCUUCUUUGAUCGCUCGCCAUCCGCCUUCAGGGUUAUUCUCAACUUCCUGGCCGCAGGUAAACUUCGCCUGUUGCGGGAGAUGUGCAUCCUCUCCCUCCAUGACGAACUCACCUACUGGGGCGUGGAGAUGGCGUACAUGGAGCGCUGUUGCAAGAGGAAGAUGUACACACGAAUCGAGGAGGUGCACGAGCAAGAACGACAGGAGGAGGAGCGCAGGCAGAGGAACGCCAUGCCGCGUGUUAUCGUGGAGGAGACGACGUACCGAAAAAUCAUGAACUGGCUCCGAGAUAUGGUGGAGAAUCCGCAGUCUGGCUUACCGGGGAAGAUCUUUGCUUGCCUGUCAGUCAUCAUGGUCGCAGUGACUGUGGUGAGCUUGUGUAUCAGCACCAUGCCUGACCUCAGAGAGGAGGAGGAAAGGGGCGAGUGCUCGUCCAAGUGCCAGAACAUGUUCAUCAUCGAAACGGUGUGCGUGGCCUGGUUCUCUCUGGAGUUCAUCCUACGCUUCAUUCAGGCUCGCAGCAAGUUAGAAUUCCUGCGCGGGCCACUCAACAUCAUCGACGCCAUGGCCAUCUUGCCUUACUAUGUGUCCCUGGUGGUAAAAGAAGACCCCAACCUGGAGAGCGAUCGUCCAGGGGGAGGUAAAGGCUACUUGGACAAGCUGGGUCUGGUGCUGAGGAUCUUGCGGGCGUUGAGAAUUCUUUACGUGAUGCGGCUGGCUCGCCACUCCCUCGGCCUGCAGACGCUCGGAUUGACAGUGAGACGCAGCACUCGUGAGUUUGGCCUGCUCCUGCUUUUCCUCUGCGUGGCAGUCACCCUUUUCUCACCGUUGGUCCACCUGGCUGAAAGUGAACUUACGGGCCCUCACGACUUUAGCAGCAUCCCCGCCUCCUACUGGUGGGCUAUCAUCUCCAUGACAACAGUGGGCUAUGGUGACAUGGUGCCUCGAUCCAUCCCUGGGCAGGUUGUAGCGCUGAGCAGCAUCCUGAGCGGGAUCCUGAUCAUGGCCUUCCCUGCGACCUCCAUCUUCCACAUGUUCUCCCGCUCCUACCAAGAACUCAAGAUGGAGCACGACCGUUUGUUCAAAGAGGAGUGCGCCGCCGCCGCAGCUGCCGCCGCCGCAGCUGGUGCCACCGCAGCUGGUGCCACUGGCGAGUUGCAGGAGGUAGGGAUGGCCGGAGAAGAAGGUGGGAACGUGAAACUAGAGGGCUCGGCCGCUAUUGGACUUGCCUACCAUCUGGACAAGGAUAGUGUGCACUCACUAGAAUAUCUGGCUCUUUUAGGAAAAGGGGACGAUGCUGCAGCAAAUAAUCACAGCCUCCCAGCAUCAGCUUUCUGAAUGAACAUCUCCUUGCUGUCAAUUCAAACAUUCCAAUCCCCAUGUUACAUGAAGAAAAUAAACUCAUCUCUUUCCACGUGUAUUUUAAAUGCAUUCAAAAUAAGGAGAUUACAUCUGCUGCAUUUAUUUGGCUCUUCAGUGUGACGCACUGGCACAGACCUUUCGAAAGACUCUUUAAAACCCUUUAAACCCUUUGGUACAGGUUGACCUCUUGAAAGCCUUCGCUGCAAUAUUCGUGACUCUUUACUUCCAUGAACAUGCAAUAUCAAUCCAAAGUUGCUUUUUUUUUUUCUUCCACUGUGAAAAAUACUGUGCAACUUCAAAUGUAAUACUCACUAGCCUCAAUGUCAAUGUAUCAAAUGACUCAUAUUCUCGCGCUUCAUUGGACAUACGUGCACAUCUAAUUCGCCCGGAAGCAGUUUCACUGCAAUGCAAACAAAUAUAAACAUUAUUCCACAAAUUAAUCUAAGCUAUGUAAACGCACAAUUUUUGGCAUACAAAGGGAUAUCCAAAGCCAAGCUAGAAUGUGGUGAAACAAUUGUAUGGAAAAAUGCGCUUUAAAAAAACUCAAGCAAAAUGUUACGUUGUUCGAGACAUGAAAAAUAAUGUAAUGGAUCCUUUUAGUUCCUUUCUGAGAUGCCUAUUGCCAUGUAAUCUGAUUUGGUUAAUGCAUGUAUGUCUAACCAUUUCUUGUCGGUUUUCAAAAAUAUUUUGGGGACUUUUUUUAAUUCUGAGCAUAGAAGUGAAAACCUAUACAAUACAAAUGACGAGAGAUAGAUUUAAAAAAAAAAAUCAAACAUGAUACUUUUAUAAACUGCUAGAGAGAAAGGGACAAACGAAGGCAUGAUUUUUGUGAGUGACUAGUAGAGAAUGAGCGCUAACAACCAUGAAAUGUACUUUGCAAGGCUCCAAAUAAAAGCUCUUUCAAUAAU